AUCACCAGCGUCGGCCAUUAAACCCGAGCCCACACCAGGGCAGGCUGCACACCUACCCCCGGUGUCCCUCUGCCACCCCCACCGCCCCAGCACCCCCGACACCCACCACCCUCCACACACACAGUUUUUCUUUUUUUAAAUUUCCAGCAGUCGGUUUUUCUCUAGAGAAGGCAUAAAGAGAAGCAGAGGCAGAGAUGGGACGAGCAGGGAGAAUGCUCCUGCCUCAUCGGAGCCACCGGUUUUCGGGAGAGAGCGGCAGCCCCCACCUGCCUGUGGACUGAGCACUUAAAGAGCCAAAUCCUGUGGAACUGGACCCGAAGAGAACAGGAAGGAGUCAACAAGAUCUUAAGCCUGCUCCAGACCCCUUGCCUGACUUUUGAGAAGACCCCACCAAGAAGCUCAGGCUUGCUGAACACCAAGCAAAUCCCUAACGAAGUGCUGGUGGGGCUGGGAUAAGGACUAGCAACCCAGUAACCCUUCCACCGCCCAACAGCGCCCCUCUUCCUGUUUGGAUGCUGCGGAAGGGAGGAAGGACGUGGAGAGGAGAGGAACUCAGUGGGAAUAAAGUUUCCAUUUCAAUUAUUCAACUGAUCCUUGACCCCCACUACUAUGGAUAAUCAAAAACUGGGUGGAUGCAUCAUGCCUUAAAACCAUUGCUGAAGUGGCCCUGAGGAUGUGCAAGCAGAUAAUUGCAUGGGGUAUUCAUCUAAUGACACUCCAGGGGGAGGUAGUUUUCUAUAUGCAUGGAGAUGAGAGCAGUGGCCCUCAGCACAAUGUCGCACAUCUGAGGAGUGUUCCUUCCUGAGGGGGCUCCUUAGGUACAACUUCCUGUUCCCUAGUAUAGGGCUGGUGAUGAUCAACCUCUUCUGACAAUGGAGAGAGCAGGCAGAGGAUGUUAGGGGAACCAAACCCCAAGAGGGAACCAGCUUCAUUGGAAAGUGGAGUGCGUGCCUUCCCAAGGCAGGGCAUUGCUGAGCCCCAGAGAGGAGCCCUGGGUUCCGCUGCCUCCCCCACAGCACAAGGCGUGACAGCACCUGCAUUGGAAUAUAGACUGUGCUUUGGAGCCUUUGGCAUCAGCUCCCACCUGGUGUGUAAGUUUGUGGUCUCUCCAGCAAGUUCAGGGAAGUGAGGGAGUUGCAGUUCUCUGUUCAUUCAGCAGGUGUGGACUGAGGGUUGGCUCUGUGCCAGGGCCCGUGCCGGAUGCUGGCUUCCAUUGUGAGACCAGGCACAGCCCAGGCAGAGACGAACAUUCCUACAGUCACUCACGACACCAGACUCCACAGACCAGAGAAUGGAUGGAUCCACAGGAACGAGAGACAGGCUGCCAGGUGCCCAGACCUGGGGAGCCUCCGGAAGAGGAGAAAGGACCACCCAUCAUGGCUGACCUUGGGAGGACUUGGGUCUUCACAAAUUGUGUUCCUUGAUAUAUACAAGAAACACAAGACGCAAGAAGUAUUCAUCUAUUCCCCUUCAUUUAUUUGACGCAUACUCUUGGGGCCAUGAGUUCGAUCCCCAGAAGAGGGUCAUGAUGAUGGAGAGAGGAAGGAUGUGGUGAGGGGCCGUGCAGGAGCCCAGGGGGCUUGUCUUAUGGCCACUCUUGAUCGCACUCCUCUGAGGCCCCAGAGGUGCUCCUUCAUCCCCAGCUUGCUUGUGAGGCUGCGUCAACUCCCCAAGCCCCAGUUUCCUGCUGAGACCCAGCCAGACACUUAGCCCUGAGUGUGCCAGAUGGCUCCACUCAGAGUGCUGCUCCAGCCCCUCUCCCUGGGGCUUCCUGCCACGUGACUGCACAUUUGGGGUCUGGAGAAGGGCCCAGGGACUGAACUGCAAAGGCGAGGGGUGUCCCUGCUCCUCCUGACUGCAGCUUCUGCACAGGCAUGUGUGUCUGAUGAUGCAGGGCCAGAGGGGCAUGGCCGAUGAGAGAGUUAUCCUUUCUACCCGUGAGUCUCCCUCGGACACACAGGAUAUCUCAUGUCUCCUCCUGGUUUUCCUGCUUUUUUUUUUUUCUAGCUGCAUGAGGUAGUUUUGUUUGAAAGAACAGUCAAUGCAGACUUCAGUUUUCCAAAUGAGGCUCUUGGCAAGUGACAGAGACAUCCUUUUGUUUGUUUGUUUCCUUCAGAAAAAAGGGCCUGAGAAAGCAAGUUAACAAUUCUUUGGAAUUAUUUUUCUUUUUCUUUGGUGACUAUUGCCACCUGUUUAGUUCAUUGGAUGCCUUUUAUUUCUUUCUCUUGCCUGAUUGCUCUGGCUAGGAUUUCUAGUACUAUGUUGAAUACAAUGAUCAGUGCCAUGUCUUAAAAAUAAAAACUAAUUCAAACAAAUCCAUGUUGAACAAAAUAUCACCAUUGCUUUGUCAAUUGCAGUGGAAAUGCUCAUUCUGGGCCCUUGGGAACCUCUGGGGUUACAUGUGGAGGCUCUGCAAACACUUGUUCCAUCCACAUCUCCAGGAAAACGACCACCCAGGCUCUAAUUCUUACUUCCCUGCAGAGAACAACCUCAUCUCUAAUGCAAUGGUUUUUUGCACACCUACAUUUCUGGGCAGCAGGCUCUGUUUAUAGGUUGUUAGGCCAAUAGUAACAAUUACUAAAGAGCUGAGCUGUGGCUUUUUUUUUCUCUCUCUCUGCUUUUAUCUCUUCCUGUUUUCUAAGGGUUGCUAUUGUGACGUUAAGUAAUGUAUAGGAAAUAAUUUACUUCCUAUUUCUGGGCCAUACCAAGUUUUAUCUCUGCUUGAGUCUCUUCCAGGUUGCUUGAAAUGGUGCUUUUCUCAGUUAAACAUGGACUUGACAUAAAGGCCAAGCCACAGGAGGCUGCCCUCUUUUAUUUUAGUUUCUAAGGCUCAGGGAGCAUCUCUCUGUUCUCUGAGAUGCUGCCUGCAGAGUAGGAACUGGGAGAGGACACUAAAAUGCCCUCUCAGCAAAGAGUAGCGAGCUCCCUACAGAGAGUGUGAGCAGGUCCUCUGGAACUCAUCUCUCCUCUGCGGGGCCAGCCCCAUGGUCCUUUCUGGACUUGUGGCUGUCUUUUCUGGGCAACCAGAUCAUUGUGUUUGAAUCAGAGCAUCAUUGGCUGAAAAUACUCCACUGUUUACAAAGGUUCUCCAGCAUCCUGGGCCGUCCAGAUGAUGUGGAAUGGAGAUUCCAGAACCCACCUGCCCUGCCCCUCCUCCGAGGGACCAGCCAGCUCCCACUCCUGGCCCUCCAGGGGGCCCAGGUGGCCAGGCCUCACCCCACCUGACCCUGGGCCCCGUCCUUCUGCCGCCAGAGCAGGGCCUGGCCCCCACUGUGUUCCUGAAGGCCCUGCCCAUCCCACUGUACCACACGGUGCCUCCUGGGGGCCUCCAGCCACGUGCCCCGCUAGUGACGGGCAGCCUGGAUGGAGGCAACGUGCCCUUCAUACUUAGUCCUGUGCUGCAGCCUGAAGGGCCUGGCCCCACCCAGGUGGGGAAGCCGGCGGCCCCUACGCUGACAGUGAACAUCGUGGGCACUCUGCCUGUCCUGUCGCCAGGCCUGGGCCCCACGCUGGGCAGCCCAGGCAAGGUGCGGAAUGCUGGCAAGUACCUGUGUCCACACUGUGGUCGCGACUGCCUGAAGCCCAGUGUUCUGGAGAAGCACAUCCGAUCCCACACGGGCGAGAGGCCCUUCCCGUGCGCCACCUGUGGAAUCGCCUUUAAGACCCAGAGCAAUCUCUACAAGCACAGGCGGACGCAGACACACCUCAACAACUCCCGGCUGUCCUCAGAGUCCGAGGGAGGUGGGGGCGGCCUGCUGGAGGAAGGAGACAAGGCCGGAGAGCCUCCCAGAACAGACCGCAGGGGUGAGAGCCGGAGCCAGGAGAUGCACGAAGGGGCCUCGGAGAGACCCCUUUCUCCAGGUGCCCACGUGCCCCUAGUUGCCAAGAACCUGGAUAUCAAGACCGAAGCUGCUCCCUGUCCAGGGUCCGCAUUUGCCGACAGAGAGGCUCCUUGGGACUCUGCCCCCACAGCGUCACCUGGGCUCCCCGCGGCCAGCACACAGCCCUGGCGCAAGUUGCCGGAGCAGAAGUCCCCGACCGUCGGGAAGCCGUGCGCCCUGCAGCGGCAGCAGGCGACAGCAGCUGAGAAGCCCUGGGAUGCCAAGGCCCCCGAGGGCCGGCUGCGGAAGUGUGAGAGCACCGACUCGGGGUACCUGUCACGCUCCGACAGCGCAGAGCAGCCGCCCGCGCCCUGCAGCCCCCUGCACAGCCUCUCAGAGCACAGCGCCGAGUCCGAGGGGGAGGGCGGCCCGGGCCAGGGACCAGGGGGCGCGGGGGCCGAGUCCGGGGCGCGAGGAGCCGGCCUGGAGCUGGAGAAGAAGCGGCUGGAGGAGCGCAUCGCCCGGCUCAUCUCCCACAACCAGGCGGUGGUGGACGAUGCCCAGCUGGACAACGUGCGGCCCCGGAAGACCGGGCUGUCCAAACAGGGCAGCAUCGACCUGCCCACGCCCUAUACCUACAAGGACUCCUUCCACUUUGACAUCCGCGCUCUGGAGCCGGGCCGUAGGAGGGCCCUGGGCCCCGCGCGCUCCACCUGGACGCCCCCAGACACGUCUCGGCCCCUGUUCUUCCACUCCGUCCCCACUCAGCUCUCCACCACCGUGGAAUGUGUCCCCGUCACCAGGAGCAACUCACUGCCCUUCGUCGAGGGCUCCAGGACAUGGCUGGAGCCCCGGGACCCCUGGCCCAGGACGCAGAAGCCUCUGAGCCCAAGGCCCGGCCCAGCCCGCCUUGGCUGCCGCUCGGGACUGAGCUCGACUGACGUUCCUGGUGGGCAUCCCCGGGCCCUGGUCAGACAGGCCGCGGUGGAGGACCUGCCAGGCAUCCCCACUGGCGAUGCCCCGGUGCCCACAGAGGACACAGAUGCAAAGAGAAUUGCUGCGCGGGAGGCCGUGCCCGGCAAGGGCAGAGCAGGUGGCAGGAAGUGCGGCCAGAGGAGGCUGAAGAUGUUCUCUCAGGAGAAGUGGCAGGUGUACGGGGAUGAGACAUUCAAAAGGAUCUACCAGAAAAUGAAAGCUAGUCCCCAUGGAGGCAAGAAAACCAGAGAGGUGGGAAUGGGCAGUGGGACAGAACUGGGCCUUCCUCUGCAGAAAGAGGCAGCAGGGAGCUCAGGCACAGUCCCCACCCAAGACAGGAGGACCCCUGUCCAUGAGGACACAUCCACAGGGGCAACGCCAGAGCCUUGGGGAAAUUCACCAGCCCCGGAGGCCUCCUUGGUGACUGAGCCCACUAAGCAUGCGGAGACGGUGGCCAGGACAGGAGACAGGAAUCGACCCAGGGUGGAAGAGGCUGUGUCAUCCCCUGCACUGGGCGGCAGAGACAGUCCCUGUUCAGGCAGUCGGAGCCCCCUGGUCUCUCCAAAUGGGAGGCUGGAACUGGGGUGGCAGCUGCCCCCAGCAUCUGGCCCCCUCAAAGGGGGUGACCUAGAGGCCCCCGGGCCAGUUUUGCCAGACCCCAAGCUGGAAGGAGGCGCCCGAGGUGUGGGGGAUGUUCAGGAGACCUGCCCGUGGGUCCAGACUGUCCUGAGAUGGCCCAGCAGUGGCUCUGGGGAGGACAAGCUCCCCUCGGAGAGGAAGAAGCUGAAAGUGGAGGACCUGCACAGCUGGGAGCAGCCAGAGCCUGUGGGCGCAGAGACCCCGGGUAGCCCCGUGCAGGCUGCCUCUUUGUCAUCCCAGAAGCAGGCUGCCAAUACUGGGGAGGUGCCAGGGGGCUCGAAGGAGAGUGCCAGGCAGGGGGGCGAGCUUCUGGAGUCCUCUGGAGCCUCCUUGGCUGCUGAUUCUGUUGCCCUGAAGAGGGUGGGGCCAAGGGACAAGGCUCCCCCACUGCAUCCUGUAGUCCCAGCCCCUGGGGAGCACCCCCCACUGGCCACCCCACCUCAGGCUCCCAGAGUCCUCUCUGCCCUGGCAGACAAUGCCUUUUUCCCGAAGUACCUCCUCAGGUUACCUCAGGCAGAGACCCCCUCACCACUGCCCAUUCCCCGGGGACCCAGGCACAGCCAGGACUCUCUCUGUAGCAGUGGGUGGCCUGAGGAACGGGCAUCAUUUGUUGAGUCAGGACUGGGGACCCCUCUUUCUCCCAGCCCAGCCUCAGGCCCCUCCCCAGGUGAGGUGGACAGCAUCCUGGAGGACCUCAGCUCUUCCAGGCCACGGGAUGGGAGAAAAGGGGCACAGUUGAGGGGGGACAAGGGGGACAGGAUGGCCACUAGCAGGCCAGCAGCCAGAGAGUCGCCUAUCUCAGCACCAAGGGCUCCCAGGGAGGCCACCUCCUCCCCGCCCACUCCAAUGUGUGAGGCACACUUAGUUCAGGGCAUGGAGGGUGACAGCUACCGUAUCCAUCACCUCUGCAUGGGCAGCACUUUGGCAAGGGCCAGGCCCUCUGGGGAUGUCCCAAAUCCUUGGGUACCCAACUGGGAGCUGGGGGAGCCUCCUGAGAAUGCCCCAGAAGAUCCUUCUUCAGGGCCCCUGGUGGGCCCCGACCCGUGUUCCCGCCUCCAGCCUGGCUCCUUCCUCACUGCCCUCACUCGGCCUCAGGGUGUGUCCCCAGGCUGGCCAGAGCUGGCCCUGUCUUCCCACUCAGGGACGUCCCGGAGCCACAACCCCCACAGCCCCCACAAUGCCUUUCCCUCACUGAAGGCUGAGCCGCGGCUCACGUGGUGUUGCCUGAGCCGCAGUGUCCCUCUGCCCACCGAGCAGAAGGCAAGGGCGGCGUCUGUAUACUUGGCGGUGCACUUUCCUGGUAGCAGCCUCCGAGAUGAGGGUCCCAAUGGCCCUCCUGGGAGCAAUGAAGGAUGGACCUGGACAAGCCCUGGAGAGGGAGGGCUGGCGCAGAUGUCCAAGUUCUCCUACCCAACAGUCCCAGGGGUGAUGUCCCAGCACCAGGUGUCUGAGCCAGAAUGGAAGAAAGGCCUGCCUCGGAGGGCAAAGAUGUCUCGUGGGAACAGCAAGCAGAGAAAACUGAGGAUCAACCCUAAAAGGUACAAAAGGAAUUUCUUGCAGAGCUGUGUUCAGCUGAGAGCCAGUAGACUUCGCACACCAACCUGGGUGCGAAGAAGAAGCCGCCACCCUCCCCAACUCGAGGGAGUGAAGCCAUGCAGGACCCCUGGACAGACCUCUUCAGAAAUAGCAGGUCUGAAUCUGCAAGAGGAGCCAUCUCAUGCCACCACAGAAUCACCUCCUUGUUGUGGGAAGGAAGAGAAGGAAGGUGACUGCAGACAAACCUCAGGAACCCUCUCUCUUGGUACAAGUUCAAGGACUGUCAGGGAAAUGGAGAAACGAACUGUGAAGGAUAUUUCUCCAUCUGCCGGUGAGCACAGUGACUGUACUGCUCACAGCACUGCUGUCACAUCAGGAUUAUCUCUGCAAUCUGACACCUACCUGGCAGUGUUUAAUGACGUGCCUCUACCCCCUGGCAAAGGUCUUGACCUUGGGUUGCUGGAGACUCAGCUGCCGGCCUCCCAGGAUCCAGUCUCAACAGAUCCCAAACCAUGCAUUUUCUCAGAUGCUCAAGGGCCUUCUUUCUUUGGGUCCAAAGGAACUUUUCCCCGCCACGACAUUGCUACCUCUGUGGCUGCCAUUUGUAUAUCUCUGCCAGCGAGAACAGAUCACAUAGCCCAGGAAAUUCACAGUGCUGAACCACAGGACCACAGCCAGACUGCAGGGAGGACUCUGACACCAAGCUCCCCGGACAGCAAAGCCACAGGAGAGGGCAGAGCACAGACCCUCUUGCCAGGGAGACCUUCAUCUGGACAAAGAAUUUCAGAUUCGGUUCCAUUGGGGUCAACUGAAAAAACUCAUCUUGAAAUACCAGCUUCAAGACCAAGUUCAGCUAGUUCACACCAAAAGGAAGGGAGAUACAAAACGUUUUUUCCUUCCAGAGGCCAGUAUGGGUGUGGGGAAAUGACCGUCCCCUGCCCCUCUUUAGAAAGUGACGGUAGGAAACGUCAGGUGUCUGAAUUAAUCACUCGGAAGGAUUCUGUGGUUCCUUCUAAGCCAGAGCAGCUCACAGAAGUUCCUGAAGCCCCUUCUAAAUCCCUCAAGAAGAGGAGUCUGGAAGGAAUGAGAAAGCAGACUCGAGUGGAGUUCAGUGAUACCAGCAGUGACGAUGAAGACCGAUUGGUUAUAGAAAUAUGAAGCUUCCAGAGAAAGAUGGUAUCUUUGGUCAAAGACUGUUGAUGCUUCACAAGUACAUGUUGUCAGGCUGGCGGAAGAACUAAACUCUAUCUGUGAAACACCUACAGAUUAGGAAAGCCAUUCUGAGUUAUUUACAAGCCAACUCCAACCAACUCCUUAACCCCAACUCAGCCACAAUGUUCCCCAGCUCCCCUUGGGAGUGCUCUGCUUAUGUUCAUAUGGUGCCAGGCAGGGCAGACAUGGCAAGGAAGCAAACUCCGGAAAUGGUCAAUGUGCGCAGUGACUGGGCCUUGACUCCCAGCCUCCUCUUCUGCACCUGUCCCCCACUGCCUCUCUGCAAUCAAAUGGCACUAACCAAGAAAGCCACAAUCAACACGUGUCUUCACAAGUGGAUCCCACACAGUCGAGGCAACUGGCUUUCUCCGUUAGUAAACUGAGGGUUUGCUUCCAAGGUAGACAGCAUACUUGGGAUAAUUGGAGUAGCUUGACAAAGAGACAGGGUUGUGAACUGGGCACAAAGAUACUUCUGUUCGUUUUGGAGACAAAAUUCGGAUACAUUAAAAAACUGAAGCUUGUUCAGAGUAUUCACGUCCUUAAUGGAGUUGUAAAUACACUUCAAAAUGCCUAUGAUCCGGUGAAAUGCUGAUUACUUUUAAAUGUUGCACAAAUGGUCAAUGCUUAUUUGUGGUCAGAUACGCAAGUACAUGCUCUUGUGCCUGGUGCCUUUGCUGUGGAGAUCUCUGAGACCGUUGGUUUUUCUAGUUCUUGCAAAGGAACAUUGUGUUAAAAGUUAAUAGAACUGUCUCUCUGUAAUGAGUCAUUUUUUAAGAGGGAAAAAUUCACUUAUUUUCCUCUGAUUCUUUUUGUCAUAUUGUGCUCUGAGAAAUUUCAAUUAGAGGGUUACAUUUUAGUAAUCUGUACAGCUUAAACUGAUGCCUGCUCAUCGUGACGGGAGCUUUUUAGAUUUCCUUCAGAAGCUUCAAGGAUACAAAACUAAUUGGGGUUUUGACGCUGUUUUACAUCUCAGUAAUUUUAUUUUCGGGGCUUAGUGUUACUUUGCUGUCAAAUUAAAUCAGCCUCUGUGCACGUCAGAACUGCACAGAUAAAAUUCCCCAGUAUUCCAAGCCAAUGCGCCCCUGUGCAGAAGAAAACAGCAGAUCUACAUCAACCAGCCCAGUGAGCAAAGCCUCAGACCCACUGCCUUCCUCUCCCCAUCCUUCCAUGGGAGAGGAGAAACUUAAAGAGGUUUACAUUGCUGUAUUUCAAUAAAAUUUUAUACUUGCUUUUGGUAUGAUUUUGUACAAUUUGAAAUUUAUAGCUGAGCUCUUUUGGUUUAACUUUGAUGUAAUGAUGUUCAUAUGACAUCUUGUACUUAAAAGACACGGCAAUGCAGAGCAUCUCACACAUACGAAUACACUUUAGUCAGUCUGUGCCUGUGACUAACUGUGGUCAAAUUUCAAGUACCUUCAUGUGAAUUUUCCAAUUUUGGUGUUAUUCAUAGAAAACUUCAAUGCCAGACCAGCUUCCCUGGUUACUUAGUAUAUAUUUGUGACCAUUUCAUAUACACUCAUAAAUAUCCAAGGAUUUCAGGCCCAGCCAAGAAAAACAUAAGAAGGGAGGUAAAAAGGAUAUUGGACAUUCACUUAGUGUACUUUUUAAACCCAACGAAAGCGAUGUGGUGAUUAUCUCCCUUUUUGAAUGAUUCAUGCCACUAUAAUGAGAGAGGCAGUGUAGGCAAAAGGUCUGAGUCUUGGAUGGAGAUUGAAGUCCUGACUUUAGCUGGGAAAUCUUGAUUAAGAGUCGCUCUGUACCUCAGUUUCCCUAAGUGAGAAUAAGAGAGUUGGACAAGAUGAAUAUAUCUCCAGGUUCCAAUUUUUCUGAGAAUGGUUGAUAGAGAAGCUGCUCUGUCCUUAAAAUGCGUAGACUCAAUGGCUUGAAGAUAUUCCCCAUGGGGAACCGUUGCCACGAGGGCCUUGCAUGCAAGAAGUUUGGGUGGAGACAGUGAGGAACUGAAAUGCAAACACCUUCCACCAAUUAUUGCUGUGAAGAACCUGAGCCUGAAGAAGCUCCGUCUAAUUUUUUCCCCAGAGUUCCAGAUUUUAGGGUGCAAUCAUCUGGCCUAUACAUGUGACUCAUAGUUCAAAAAAUUAAAAUCAAAACCCGAACUCUCCAGUAGGAAUGGAGAAAACCUAUCUGUAGGCUGAACUGGCUCCUUUGUCUUAGGAGUCACUGGUCAGGGGAAAAAAAUCUGUCUUCCAGGCCCCUCCUUUCUGGGUGGCUACUGUGGCAUGAAUGGGAUCACUGGCUGUAAAUCAGUAAGUCAUAGCUCCAAAUAGCACCAACUUCAGGAUAAUGGGGGAAGCUGUGUCCUUCUAGGAGCCACCGUUGCUGGCUCCCAACCUGGGUCAAAUAUGGCAGAAUAUUGAUUUCAUCUCUAACUCCCUGUAUCUCUUACAAAGGUAGAACAGCUAGCCAAACCACCUUGCUUCGCUGGUCUUUGGCUAGUGGCUGGCAGUGUUUACAAGUGUACCUUACUUUAUAUCAACAUGAAUUUGUGAAAAAGCUGUAUUUCAAUGGAUUUUUUUAAAAUUAAAAAUGUAUUUUGAAUGACCCUAAGGGAGCUGGCUCUUGAAAAACAUCCUACGGUAAAGAUUUUUUUUUUUUUUUAAUGAAGAAUCUUUUUAUAAAGCAAUGAACAAUCUCUGAUUUUAUAAAUCUUAAUUUUCCUAUGGGUUUCUUAAAGCGAAAUACAAUUAUAAGAAUACAUUUUAAGGGUAACAUCAACAACCUAGAACCCAGUUUGGGUUACUGAAAAUAAAAUGUCAGUAUUAUCAAUUGAUAACUACUGCAGUUGUAUACUCUGCAAGUGUGUACUGCAUGAUAGUUAAGGAAAAACAAAUUUAUUUUGGAACAAAGCAACCAGAGUUUAAAGAUCAGGGAUUUCCUUCUUUCCCCAGUGCUAAUUUUCCAGUGUUAAUUUUAUUGUAUCUUUAGGUAAGGGUCUUAACCAACUGAUGCCUCAGUUUCUUCCACAGAGAGUAGUUACAGGGACGCUGUCAUGAACUAAGGAAAGGGCACUGAAUUUUUUUUGCCAAUCUCAAAAGUGACAUUUCCCCAUGAUGUUCAAGACUCACCAAGUUUCUCUCUCCACCUGUACCUACACCCAGCUAAAUCUUGCUGUUAAAGAUGUAUGGAGGGAAGAGGUUUCAAUCCUCCCCUCCUUGGCAACCUACAUUGUUAAGUGACUCAAAGUUAUGUGAUUUUUAGUGGACAACUGGAAUCCUCCUUCUUGUAAAACACAGUGAAAAACAGCUCAUCUCUCCUGUUAGGCUUCACCCUUGAGAUGUGAGACAAAGCUAAUAACCCCUUUGGUUCACAUCUCACAGUAACCAGGAGAACCUAUGGUUCAUUUGCCAAGUGAUUAAAAAAAAAGAUGGAGGAGAGUGUCUCUGAAUUUUAGUGAAAACACCGCCAAUAGCAUGGUGGUAACCUAGGGUAAGUCAGACUUUUUCUUCCUGAAAUCACUCUUCUAAAGCUGAGACUGGAAGAGGAACCUUGUAGAAGCACACUGUGACCACAGUUCUUGGCAUGAAAGAUAAACAAUUUGCAGUCUCAUGCCAAAAAGUAUUUCCUUGCAUUUACAUUCAUUACUUAGAAUGAUCACAUUAUUCAUUUUUUUUUCCCCAGCACAGAAAUUUGCAUUUUGCACAAAAUUUGCCUGGUGCAGCAGAUUUUUAUAGUUAUGGAAACUGUCAUCAUUAUCGGAAUGUGCUGCUGCUCAACUCCCCAGACAUAAUUUAAUAUGGUGAGGAGAAAAUGGCCUGCCUGGCUCUAUGGGUGAUCAUAUUUCUACUACUGCAGCAAACUGGACUUGUGUAUUUUUCCUCACUUCAGUUGCUAUCCCCAUAGUUCAUGUAGGGAGGCACUUUGGCUUUUGAAACACGACAUUUCUCAAUACUUAAGCACAAUUUCUUGUCCUUAUUUUUCAGAACCCAUUAAAUAUAAGGGUCAGGACCUAGAAAAUCUUAUGUGCUAGAUUUCUACCCUGUAUGAUUCUUUUCAUCCAUGCUUUGCACUUACGUGGGAAUAUACAUAAUUUGGUCUGAAGAAGUAUAGGAACAGUCGAGCACAUUACUUCACCAUUGGAAGAACAGUAACCAAGGAAAAACAUCAGCCUCUGCCACUUGGAGCACUAGAGGAUGACGGAAUGUCUUGUAUAUGCAGUCGACUGUUCAGGAUUUACUACUCAAUUGCUUGUUCACAAUCAGGGAAUUGAUUGGCUUCUGGGUUGGUUGUUGAAAUUUCUUUCUUUACAUGAUUAAAUUAUUUUGUUUUGAUAAAAAUAAAACUUAAAAUGCAAA